AUGGACAGCGGCAGUGACCAUGUCAUUGUGCUCUCGGAGAGACCAAAGGCAGAUUCACGCUUGCGACCAAAUGCUGAGGCUACUAGAUCUCGUUCGCCGAUUGGCCAGUCCGACCUGGGUCAAGGAGGCAUGUCUAUGGAGGCCCUCAUUUCCACUCUGCAGCCGUCCCGCCGACAAUUCACAGGCUGGAGAGUUGGGGCUUGCUCUGCCGCGGUCAUUGGGUGCCUGACCAUGGUCGUCAACGUGGUGGCUCUGCGAUGGCUGAAGAGCCAUCCGAACCUGGAGACCGGCCUGGUCGAGGUCUACCGCGGUGACUGUCACCAGGUGGAGAGACUGCACAUCUGGUCUCACUUCGCCAUCAACCUCCUCGGCACCUUGCUUCUGAGCGGUUCCAAUUACUGCAUGCAAGUCCUGUGCGCGCCCACGAGGUCCGAGCUUGACAGGGCUCAUGCAAAGCGACAGUAUCUGAAUAUCGGAAUUCAGAGUCCACGGAAUCUCUGGCUUAUCUCCCCAUACCGCGCCAUCAUGUGGUGGGUUCUUGGGUUGAGCUCAAUCCCACUCCAUCUGGUGUACAACUCGGCCUUCUACUCAUCGAUUGGAGUGUCAGACUAUCGCAUAGAUCUGGUUGCCCCGGGGUUUGUGAACGGUGAACCUUUCGAGGUGACGGACAACAGCUUCAUCAACGGAAUCACAUACGAUAGGUGCGGCACGAACUCCACGUGCAUGGCAGCGGUUGAGAACCUCUUAGCCAACGCAAGAAUUGAGACAGACCAGAAACGUGUGCAAAGAUUGGACCCUGCAGCCUGCUUAGCCGCUUACGCCAACCCACUCCUGACGGAUCGCUCCAAUCUGGUCCUCGUCACAUCAGGCGAACCUACCGGCAACAACUCCCUGCUGGUCGACCAUCAUUAUGCCUUCGAGCAGGCCAUCGACCUGCAGAGAACGAGAUAUGAGCCCUUCGACUGGAUCUGUCACUCAUCAGAGCGCAUGAUACCGGUCUUUGGUAUCACUAGAAGUUUCGACAAGCCACCCUGCGAGUCCUGGGUCUCCGACAUCAUUGCGCGCUCAGAGGACUGGACGCCGUACGACUUCGACAUUGACCACUGCUUGAGCCAGCGUAUUGACGAGCGCUGUUCCUUCAACGGCAACAUCAGCGUCUUGACUGUGGUCAUUGUGUUCAACGUCGUCAAGAUCCUCUGCAUGCUCUGGGUUGCUUUCGGUCUUGGUAGGGAGACGCCGCUCAUCACCAUCGGUGACGCUCUUGCUUCGUUCUUGCACAAUCCGGACCCUGUCACGAGUGGCUGCUGUAUGUGGGGCCGCAAGGACUUCAUCAAAGCCAUCAAGCAGAUUUCGAAAGGCGCUACGCCAGCCGAUGCCGGUUUCGUAGCCAAACCUCCUUCAACCACUCCUGGUGACGCUACCGACCAGGUGAGCGCAAAACCAGCUUCACGAAAGACCUAUCGCUGGGCUGAGGGCGCCAGCCGUCAGCGUUGGUUCUGGACAUUUACCUUCAUCGCGCUGGCCCUGAUAAUAGUCCUGGCGCUGUUUGGUGCGGGCCACUCGCAGAUCAAAAAGCACAACACUCCCAUGUCGACGCUAGGAUUCGGCAAGAUCAACGCCUCGGCCCUCGUCAACGGCUGGGGAGUCGUCUUCAUGACCAACAGCCAGAAGCAAAUCGCCACCGCCGUCAUCGUCGCCAACCUACCACAGACCAUUCUGUCGUUUCUGUACCUUCACCUCAACAGCCUGAUCACCAGCCUGACCCUCACAUCCGAAACGCUCUCCUACGCGCACGCGCCCCACAAGCCGCUGCGCGUCUCCCUACCGCACACCUCCACCCCCCAGCGCAGCACCUUCUUCCUCCAGCUCCCCCACCACCUAGCCUUCCCGCUCAUGGCCCUCUCGGGCCUGCUGCACUGGCUGGUCUCGCAAUCCUUCUUCCUCGCCGUUGUGGCCGAGUAUACGUGGGACGGCAUACUGCAUGACGCAACAGCCAUUGUGACAUGUGGCUUCUCGCUGCUGCCCAUGCUGGUGGUGGUGGGGUUGGGAGUGGGGAUUCUGGUCGGGGUGGCGGUGGCUGCGAGGGCGAGGGGGUGGGAGGCAAAGGGGAUGCCGUUGGCGGGCAGUUGUAGUUUGGCAGUGAGUGCGUUGUGUCAUGGGCCCGUGGGUGAGGAGGGGGCGUGGUGUGCCUUGGUGAGGUGGGGGGUUGUGGCCCCUGGUGGUGAGGAGCAGGCCGGGGUGGGCCAUUGCUCCUUCUCGAGCGGUGAGGUGGGAGAGGUGGUGGAGGGAAAGCUGUAUAAGUGA